AUGGUGAGAGAACUUCCAGAUGCAUACAGAAAUGUUCCGCCAGCUGUUCUGAAAGAUAAAGGUCUGGUUGUCCCUAAGUUAAUAGGGCCUGUAAUGCCCCCAACACAAGAUCAAGAUGCAAUUACCAGAAACAUUAAUUGGUUAGAGAAUGUCAAAUCACUUUACGGAAAAGACAAGCUUGACAAAGAGGAAUUUGUGUCUUGGGCAGCUUUUCAUGCUGCAACAUCUAAACCCCGGUCAAAUACCAGUAAUAGCAAUGGAUCAACCACUUUUUGCGAUAGCAAAACAGAUACAGUGGAACAAUUCCAAUACACAUGGAGAAGAUCAUUAUGUGGUCAUGUUUGGUGGUUUGCACAUAGAAAUGGCAGUAAUGAAAUGCAUAGGAGAGUGGUUGAAUGGGAGUGGUUGGGUAACUGCACUAGUUAA